AGCCUCUGCAGUCGGUGUGAUCGGAGCAACUGGAGUGCUGGCCGGCUGGGGAGGUGGUGGUGGACGGGGAGAGCGAAGCAGAAGGAGGAUCCGGGAGUCAGCGAAAACAAAAAGGGGCGAAAGGGGGAUCCUACAGAAGGAGGGUCAUCAUUUUUUCCUUUUUUUGUUCUUUUAUUUUUGUUUUGAUCUUUUUUUCCACUUCUGCAUUGUGUUCAACAGUCACAAUGCCGUCCAACUCAGUCACCACAUCCACCGCAUUCAAGAGCUCUGAUUUCAACUGUGACACGAAUGGCAAUCAAAUGAAUGAGAGCUCUAGAACGGACACAGUGAUAAUUGAUGAAAUGCCUUCGCUCUGCACUCCUGUCCGUAAGGUUGGACGGCCUGGUCGCAAACGCAAGCACCUCCCUCACAAAGGGGAGGAGCUCCUGUCGUUUUUGCAGUCUCAGAAUGGAGAUGUUGAGAGGCAUGAGAACAAGUCCCGUGCAGGUUGCCGCCCCACGCAGGACAAGAAUGCUACAGAAAACGGGGUCCCUCGCCAGUCAGCCUGUCGGGUUGACUCAGCCUCCGAUUUGAGCAUGAGCCCAUCCCUGGGUAACGGUUUUGUUGUCAGACAGGACAAGCCGGGAUCGGAGAAGUACGAAGACGACACACUGCCAACUCUGCCUCGCAAGAAACGAGGGAGACGAAAACUGGAGCGGCCGACUAAAUACGUGGAGCACAAGGAGGACGAGGGAGGGGACUCUGCAAAGAAUGAGGGAGCUCGAGGGAGGCUCCGUGGGGGAGUGGGCUGGGAAAUCGGCCUCCGUCAAAGACCCAUGCCCAGAGUAACCUUCCAGGCUGGUGACCCUUAUUACAUUAGCAAGAGGACCAGGGAGGAGUUGCUGGCCAAGUGGAAGUUGGAGGCAGAGAAGAAGGCAAAACUGGUGUCUGUGAUGAACUCAAUGGAGGAACUUGGCGAGGUAGAGUCGGAGCCCCAGAAAGAGAGCUCCAUAACCUCCGUCCCACUGCUGUUUCCCCCACCAGCACCGACAGCACAGCAGCAACCACCCCAGCCUCAACCUCAGAUGAGCCUCAAACCCCAGAAGCAACCUCCACCAUUCCAACAGCAGCAGCAGCAUACAGAUCCAGCCUCUCCAACUGUUGCUACCACACCAGAGCCCGUAUCUAUAGGAAAUGGAGACAAGACCUCACCCAAGUCCACUGACACCGAGUCAGAGUAUGAGGAUGGCAGAGGUUUUGGCAUUGGAGAGUUAGUUUGGGGGAAGUUACGAGGAUUCUCCUGGUGGCCAGGUCGCAUCGUGUCCUGGAUGAUGACUGGACGCAGCCGAGCAGCCGAAGGCACCAGAUGGGUCAUGUGGUUUGGUGACAGCAAAUUUUCUGUGGUCUGUGUAGAAAAACUGUUGCCUUUGAGUUCUUUCCACAACGCCUUUCACCAGCCAACCUACAAUAAACAACCAAUGUACAAGAAAGCCAUCUUUGAAGUGCUACAGGUAGCCAGCACUAGAGCAGGCAAAACCUUUAUCACGUGCCCUGAGAGUGAUGAUACUGACACCUCCAAGUCAGUAGACAUGCAAAACAAGCAAAUGAUUGAAUGGGCCAUAACCGGAUUUCAACCAACAGGACCUAAAGGUCUAGAGCCACCUGCAGAGGAGCGUAACUCAUACAAGGAAGUGUACCCAGAGAUGUGGGUGGAGCCAGAGGCGGCGACCUACAUGCCCCCACCAGCCAAAAAGCCUCGCAAGAGCACAGCGACAGAGAAACCCAAGGUCAAAGACAUCAUCGAUGAGAGGACUCGAGAGCGACUUGUGUAUGAAGUUCGUCAAAAAUGUAGAAACAUUGAAGACAUCUGCAUCUCCUGUGGCAGCCUUAAUGUUUCCCUGGAGCAUCCACUCUUCACCGGAGGAAUGUGCCAAAGCUGUAAGAACUGCUUCCUAGAAUGUGCAUAUCAAUAUGAUGAUGAUGGGUACCAGUCCUAUUGUACUAUCUGCUGUGGGGGGAGAGAAGUGCUCAUGUGUGGAAACAAUAACUGUUGCAGGUGUUUCUGCGUGGAAUGUGUGGAUCUGUUGGUGGGGCCCGGCGCAGCGCAGGCAGCUAUUAAAGAGGACCCGUGGAACUGCUAUAUGUGUGGACCAAAAGCUCAAUACGGCCUGCUGGAGCGCCGGGCAGACUGGCCUUGUAGGCUGCAACACUUCUUUGCCAACAAUCACGAUCAGGACUUUGAACCACCAAAGCUCUACCCUCCGGUUUUGGCAGAGAACAGAAAACCCAUUCGUGUGCUGUCACUUUUUGAUGGGAUCGCAACAGGGCUGUUGGUUCUGAAGGAGCUGGGGAUCCAGGUGGAGCGCUACGUGGCCUCAGAAGUGUGCGAGGACUCCAUCACUGUGGGCAUCGUUCGGCACCAGGGACGCAUCAUGUAUGUGGGUGAUGUGAGGAAUGUCACCCACAAACACAUCCAGGAAUGGGGUCCAUUUGAUCUUGUCAUAGGUGGAAGUCCGUGCAAUGACCUCUCCAUAGUAAAUCCUGCAAGGAAAGGUCUCUAUGAGGGAACAGGGCGGCUUUUCUUUGAGUUCUACCGGCUGUUACACGAGGCUCGACCUAAAGAAGGAGAUAACAGGCCUUUCUUCUGGCUCUUUGAAAACGUGGUGGCCAUGGGCGUCAGCGACAAGAGGGACAUUUCUCGCUUUUUAGAGUGCAACCCAGUCAUGAUUGAUGCUAAGGAGGUAUCUGCUGCCCACAGAGCGCGUUACUUUUGGGGUAACCUGCCUGGCAUGAACAGGAAGAAGCAAAGUCAUACAGGUUUGGAACAACGUCGGGGUUCAUCAACAUCAGAAUUGAGACAUCAGAAUGGACCGUUGACUUCCAUGUGCACUGAUAAACUGGACCUUCAAGACUGUCUAGAGCAUGGCAGGACAGCUAAGUUUGGCAAAGUGAGGACCAUUACCACUCGGUCAAAUUCCAUAAAGCAGGGGAAAGACCAGCACUUCCCUGUCUUCAUGAAUGAUAAAGAAGACAUCCUGUGGUGCACUGAGAUGGAGAGGGUGUUUGGCUUCCCUGUCCACUACACAGACGUGUCUAACAUGAGCCGUCUGGCCAGGCAGAGGCUGCUGGGGCGGUCGUGGAGCGUCCCGGUCAUCCGUCACUUGUUUGCACCACUCAAAGAGUAUUUCGCCUGCGUCUGAACACAGUACAGAUGAGAGAAAUCAAAACUGAUGUAAUACCGACAGCCUUGAAAUUGCGCUCUUGUAUGUUAUUAGCAAGUUAGACAUCAGAAAAACGUAUUUUAUGUUUGUUUUCCUCUGGUUUGGAAUAAUUGACUCUUUUUUUUAAAAUUCUAUUUAAUUUUUGUAUUAUUCAUUUUACUUUUUAGCAGUGUUAUCCAGUAUUUGAAUUGUUUUAUGUGUGCAAGCUAUACUUGAGACAUGGCCUCCUUUUAAGGCACUGAGAGAUGAUAUAACAAUUUUCAGAGGCGUAAAUAAGGAAAUUUGAUCAGAUGUAAUACAUACUACAUGGUCAAAAGUGAGUGGACACCCCCUUCUAAUUAACAGCUUGGGCUAUGCCCCUUAAAGGGAUAGUUCACACAAAAAUGAAUCUAUCGCCAUGAUAGUAAGUCAUUUACAGUGUAAGUUAAUGGGGCCAGAUGAUAAACAUAUACACACUUUUUCACAAUUAUUGCCACAAGACGUUAACAUUAUAUGUGUUAACGUGAUUUUAGUGUGAUAUAAUCACUUAGUAUCCUUAUUCGUUUGAAGUUAUAUCCAAAAUAACAACUUUAUUUUCAGGAUUAUGUAACGCCGUAAACCCUGUAAUCUAGGAAACAGCGUAACAUCAGCGGUAAACCCUGAUUUUAACACACUUAAAUCAUGUUAACAUGUCAAAUGUUUACAUCUUGUAGCUUUGGAAACUGUCAUUUUAACGUUUGUCAUCUGACCAAUUUCACUUCCAUUGUAAGUGCCUUACUGUGAAUGUGAUUUGAAACAAGGGGCGAGUCGAAUUUUUUUUUUGUGCUAAUCAACAUCUACUGAACCUGGAACAUUCCUCAAAUGCCAAUUGUUUUUCAAUUAAAUGGCCAACAAGCACAUAUGGAUAUGGUGUUUGGGUGUCCACGUACUUUAGGCCAGAUAGUGUAUCAAAAAAAACAUAGCUGAAGCUUUUAAGUUAGCCUGAACAUUUAGACUGCCUGAGUUUUUGAUUAUCAGGCAGUGCUGGGGUGCUGACUGGUCUAAUUCUCAUGGUGCGCGUCUUUCCUCUCCUUCAGCAUCUGAGCCUUGGUGAGAGUGAAAAGAGGGUAUCUUUCUCUUCAGUGUCAGGGGAGCUCUGUCUUAACCAAUCCAAAACACCAGAUCACAAAUACCUCUUUGUUUACAGUUUCUAUACACGACUGAAGGUAAUAAAAGGUACUACUGUAAUAGGUGACAAUAUGGUGCUUCAAGGUGGUGAAAAAAUUUGCAACUCAUGUGAUGCUACUUCUCAAAACAAGAUGGGGGGUCACGUUUUGUACCGUCGCUAGGUAAAACGAAUGACGCUAAAACUUCAAUAGGUCAAGCCAGGUCUGCCACAUUUCAUUUAAUAUCUUUUACAGCCUUUUUGUACAAUAUCCUCUGGUGCUCUUUUAAAAAUAAAACAUCCCAGCCUUUCAAUCUUUGAGGUCUGCUUCCUACGUUAUGCCUACAAUCGGAGCGCAUGACAACCAGCCACAUGGGCGGUGAUGUUUUUUGUCAUCCAUACCUUGAAAUCAAAGGCUGUGGUGAGCUAAUUUUUUUUUCUAGUGUCACACAGACCAGAAUCAUUACUGUACAACUCGUAGUGUGCGUGGCAGCCGCGGAAGUGUGCCGAAGGUCCUUUCCCUGCCAGGUGAAUCAACCUUCGACUGUGGUGCACGCGCAGACUAUUUUCAGUCAGGUGCAAAACUUUAAAAGGCGUGGCUUCACAAUGUUCUUCUACCUUUUUAUAGCUAUUUUUGUGCUGUGUGACCAACAAUAUCAAGCACUUUUGUAUAUGUAUACUUCUUUAUUUCUUUGAUAUUUUAAAAAAACCUUUCCUCUUGAUUCUUGUGAAUUGUUUUUUGGGUUAUGUUAAAUGAUGUGAAACUCUUGCCGUUAUAUAAGGUAAUACUUUGUUGUGUACAGUAGGGCUGUGCCAAUAGAUGUGAAAGAAUGAGCUAGGAUAGAAUAAGUCCAUCUGUGGUGCUGGCGGGGAAGUGGCUGAAUUCAUAUACCACCCCUCUCAUGUUCUCACGUGCUACAGAGUCGCUAUAUCAUAACGCGCGUCGAGAAAGUAGUGUCUGCUCACAGUUCUACCGGUAUAUAAUCCCUGUAGGAAAUUAGUCGUUUUCACGGAUGGGUUGUCAUUAUGACACAAUCCUUAACUACGUCUGGUCCUUAGCGUAGAUCUGAAAACAUAAUUAUGGAUGUUGACCAUGUCAAUAAUUUCGUUUUAACAUGCAAGCCAUGUAAUAGAUGAGGCUAAAUUUGUGAAUUUGUUAGAAACGGGCUCUAAUGAAAACCUUGUUAGCUUCUUUUUUUAUUUAAGGCAUUGCACUGCUUAAAUACCUUAAUCUUUUUUCAUGUUCAGCAGUGUUUCUUGUUAUUUUCCAAAUGCCCAGAUUUCUUUUUGUACAUUUUGUACAUAGAAAUUGUCUGUUGCUUUUUCUUUUUUUUUUAAAUGACCUAUGAGAUGUACAAAUAUAAUUCUUUGCUAAUAUAUUAUAAUAGAAUCAAAACAGCGCUCAAAACGCAAAGAGAGGGUGUAAUUGACACAAUGGCAACAGGUAAAUUGACAUAAGCUAUAAAGCAGCGGGGUGAUAGAACUGCGUGUCUUUUGUAAUUCAUAUUUAUAUGUGUUGA